GGAUUGGACAGAACACCGGAUGUUGUAUCUGCCAUGUUUGGCCGCUUUGUUGCAGGUUUGUUGGAGGUGUCUGCAGAUUGGAGCUUGUGUGCUGCAGAGAGCUGUAAUGGAGCCGAGCUGGAGUACGUUUUUAUUCCAACAGGCCAACGAGGCUCUGCAUCACCAGCAUCAGGUAGCCGGGAACAGUCUGUUGCCUUUGCUCAGUUCAGGAUCUGAGCCGCCUGAUCAGAAACCAGUGAUGCCCAUCCCUCUGGACCAGAAGCCCCCCGUCAGCGCUGCAGAACUCCUUAAAGACAAUGUGGCCAGUGGGACAGGAGGAGGGGGGGGCGGGCCUCCUGUCGCUGUGGUCAAAAAGGAACCCAAGUCAAAGACACCCUUCAUCUGUGGCUACUGCAACAAGGCUUUCAGAGACAGCUACCACCUGCGGCGGCACGAGUCCUGCCACACUGGCAUCAAGAUGGUGUCCAGACCCAAGAAGACACAGACAGCCCCCACCAUGGUGCCCCUCAUAUCCACAGUACCCCGAGAGAACAACCCCAACCAGUCUUAUAUCACGACCGUAGCUGGAAUCUUGACCACAGCCACCACGUCCACGUCCACAGGCACCAGCGUCAUGACCCCCAUGCAGCACCAGCAGCAGCACCACCAGCACCAGCACCAGCAGCAGCAGCAGCAGCAGCAGCAGCAGCAGCAGCAGCAGCAGCAGCAGAGCGUCCCCAAGAAGCCCCCCAAACCCGUGAAGAAGAACCACGGCUGUGACAUGUGCGGGAAGGCCUUCAGAGACGUGUACCACCUGAACCGCCACAAGCUGUCACACUCGGACGAGAAACCGUUUGAAUGUCCGAUCUGCCAGCAGAGGUUCAAGAGGAAGGACCGCAUGACGUACCAUGUCCGCUCCCACGACGGGGGGGUCCACAAGCCUUACAUCUGCUCCGUCUGCGGGAAGGGCUUCUCGAGACCUGAUCACCUCAGCUGUCAUGUGAAGCACGUCCACUCCUCAGAGAGGCCCUUUAAGUGCCAAGUCACGGCCUGUACCUCUGCCUUCGCUACCAAAGACCGUCUGCGCUCCCACAUGAUCAGGCAUGAAGGUAAAGUCACCUGCAACAUCUGUGGUAAGAUGCUGAGCGCCGCCUACAUCACGAGUCACCUCAAGACGCACGGCCAGGCCAGCUUCAACAGCCCCUGCAACAACAAAGGCAUAAGUGACUGGCAGUGGAACCACUCAGGGCCCAGAAAAGGUGAGUUGACGGUAGGAGAGAUUUUAAAUAACUCCUUCCAAGUCCUAAUUGACAACUCUCACAAAGAUGCCAACAAUGUGCACAACAACUCAGCCGCCACAACGCCGGUCACCAACUCGGCAGCCAUCACCUCUGCUAUGAACCGCAUCGGCAACCUCAGUAACCCAGUCACCAUCGCAGCUCAGAUGAACAUCGCCACCAGCACGGUCAACAUCACGUCUCAAGUCAACCUGCAGCACCCAGUCACCAUCACUGGCCCCGUCAACCUGGCCUCCGUCAACAUCCCGACCACAGCACAUAUGAAUAUCGCCCACCCGGUGGCCAUCACCACGCCCAUGCCCAUGAAUAUCACAGGGCCGCUCAACAUUGCCAUGAGACCCAUGGAGAGCAUGCCUUUUCUAUCCCAGGUCCUGCCUUCCUCCCCGCCCUGGUAGAGCUGGCAUUAAGCCCCCGUUAGAGCUGAUAAUGUUUGAACUGCCUGAUAAUAGUUUAAACUGUCCAACCUUAGAGGAGUGAUAGUACCUGAGACCUGAGGGGGCGAUGAAGGGUAACUCCCUGGAGUCGUCAUUCUUAGGCUUUUACUCUCAGAAGAAAUUAGGUUUCAGCUUGUUUUUGGCGAGCAGGUUGUUAGCAUGGUCUGACGGACUGUAGGAUCAAUGAACCCUCAGACACGGUUUAUUUUAUUCAUUUCAUACUUAAAUAUUGGAAAGAAUAACUCUGUAUUACAUGAGUAGGAGUUUGACAGAUUGAGGUCUGACAUGGCUAACCCUGAGAACAGAGAAGUUAAUAUAGCUGAGGUAUUUCAUCACAUUGAUGAAAACAUUGAAGUAUUUCAAGCCCCGCUCGUGGAGGUAGAACCCAAACUAUUGAUUAGUGAUGCUCAGAUUUGUGGUAUGUUCUUGUUGGGUUAUUAGAGGCCAGAUUUAAAUUCAGCAGUUUCUGUGGGUCAGUAGAAACCAUCAGAAACAUGAAGAAGCUCCUGAAGAGUCCUGAAUCCAGUCUCCGGAGGACUUCAGAUCUUGUUCUUAAAACGCUAACUUUGUUGGGAAAGGUUGAAGGCUGAAAUUUGGUGUAGAUAUUCAGUGUAAAUAUGAAACAUUUUAUGCCAAAGAUUUUGUAAGUGCAGUGUUUCCAUUUAAAAGCUUGAUUCAAACAGACGGGGUAAACCCUUUGGACAGCAUUCAGACCACGACGGGGCGUUUCAAAGCCACAAUGAUGAACCGAGAACCCUCUGGCAUCUUACCCAUCAUGUCAUUAGGAUGAUAUUACUUCAUUUUAAAUCUCAUUUGAACUUUGAUCAUGUUUGCAUUCAUGUUUCUUCAGGUUGGUCGGGCUGAGUUUGAGUCAGUUGAAUAUUAGCAGGCAGUUUGGACGGUAUCACCUGUGACAGCUCUCAGUACUGUGUAUUUAUCCCUGUUAACUCCUCUCACACUUCCCUAGUUUCUCUCUGACAGAUGGGUGAGCUGGUUUGUGGCAGCAGUGAACACACAGCGUGCUGCUGGGAGCCAAACCCCUUCCCGGACUUUAAAGUUGUCUGUAGACGCAGAAGGACAUAGUCUGUUAAAGUGACCCGCUGAAGAGGAUCUCCUCAGCAGGUUGGGACUUUCAACAUGGGUGAUGCGGGACACCUGAGGCAUUGUUUCAAAGCUCCUUCAAUGGAAGUGUAUGGCUGGACUUAAUGCUUCCUCUUAAAGCAGAUUUUGUUUUAUGUUUUUUAUUGUUCUUUUAGUGGACUUAUCAGUAUUUGAUAGUUUAUGUAUUUUAAAGUUAAACAAAGCUUCCAUGUUUUUUUGGGGGGUUAUCGAGUUAAUUUGAUUGAUGGUUCUGUCUGAUCCAUCUGCUCCCCCUGUGUCUGUAUUUCAACACUGCUGGAAACCAGUCACAGCUGGAUGUUCUGCACACGUUAACCUGUGACACGUGUUUGUUUGUAUUUAUAAAUCUGGACUAGACAGUUGAAGGUACAGCAAAGAGGAAAUGUCUUGUUGUAAAAGCAUGUCCCCUAGGUGUUGCCUUUUAAUGGCAGUAUUAUCAAAGGUCAAAUGAUUUUAAAUUCUGAUUACUGAUGCUUAACUGUAGAGGUCAAGAGCGCCACCCAGUGGCUUAUUAGACUGUGUGCUACAUGAGCAGUCCCAAAGUUAACUCUUGUGCUUUGUUUUGUUGGUUUCCUUAAGCAGGUGUAGGAUCCCAUCACUGUCAGUCAAACUCAGGAAGGUUACUGAGAAAAGUCUUUGAACGUUUCAACACUGACCAUUUUUUUGUAAAUAUCAAACACUAUCUGAUUGCCUUUCACCUGUGGGCGUGGGGAACUCCCUGCUCACCACAGGUCACAAUGCAAGAACUGCAUCACCACUAAUGAGGCCGUCCAUCUGGAUAGAACAGAGCAAACUCAACAAGGGAAAAAGGCUGGAGUCAGGUUCUUCUGUUUGAAUAAUGACCAGAACCCACCUCUGUCUCCUUAAGACAAGCAGCCUGAUGAACAUUAAUACAGCAGCUGCAGUGUGGUUCUUAAACUACUGAAAACACUUCAGAAGGGAUCCCUGUCAUUUUACACCUGGGCCCUAUCUUUAUUCAUGGUAGUUGAAGGAAGUUUGGCCCUGACGUUGGUACCCGGCACUUUUUCAUACCUGCAACAUAUUCCCUUUGGCAUCUGUGCCUGAUGGAAGUUUGUUUGCGAUGAGUUCUUGUUGUUGCCCCUAAUAGAGUUCUGGGUUUUAAUUUGAAGUGUUUAACAUUACUGAAAGAUCUCUACCUCUCCUCAACUAUGCUCACUGUCAACACUCGCCGCAGCUCGCUCAGCAAGAUUCAAGAGGAACUCUCCCCGACCAAGGCUUACCCUCGAACUAGACUUCUUUUGCUAUUCCUCUUCUGGGAAAAGUUUCCUCGAACAGCUCGUCACAUUUAGCAACACUUUCAUUUGGUAGGGAGCUGUUCUCGAGGCUGGUCUUCAAGCAGGACUUCUCCCUGAUCAGAAUUUUUUGGGGGACAAGAUUUUGUCUUGACCGGGGACUUGUUCUGAGAGAAGACUGGUCCCUGAUAGAGACUUGAUACUGAGUAUGGCCUUUCUUCAUGAGGGACACAUGUCCUUGAGCGAGGCUUGUCAAUGCAUGAGAUGUGUCCUUAAGCAAACCUUGACCUUAAGUGAGACUCUGGAGAGAGACAUGGCUCCUUGAAGAAAAUGUUCCCUUGCGCGACAUUUCUCUUCUUGCAAGACUUCCCCUUGAGGAACAUAUGUUGGAGAGAGACUUGUUCUUACUUUAUGCCUGAUGGAGGCCCCCCAUGGGGUUGGACUUUUACCCGAUCAAGGCUACUGCUUGUUUAUAGAUUGGGCAUUGAUGAACUAUCCUUGCGCAAGACUUAUUCUUGACUAAGACUUGCCCCUGCCUGAGACUUGAUAAUAAGAAAAUCUAGUCUAUAAGCAAGCCAUGAGAGGAAUGACACCCUUUGUGAAAUAAAAGCUUCACUCCAUGAGAGCCACAAUUGAGGAAAGACCUUGAACAGGUCUCAGGUGAGGACAUGAAGUCUUGCAUGUGUUACUGAAGAAAGAGCUCCCUUCUUGAGGCAAAGUCACAAGCCCUAUCUAACUUAAGAACAAGACUUACUUCAUGAAAAGACUCAUGUAAGGACAUGUCUCAAACUAGGGCAAGUCUUUCUUUAAGGGGCACAUUUCCUCGUUGGACUUGUCCUUGAGGAUGACUUACUGAGACUGUUCCUUGUAUAUGUAAGUGUUCUCCUUGAUGAGGACCUGUCCUUAAGCAAAGUAGCAGUGCCACUUGGUCUGGAUUGAGACUACAUUCUUGGGAUGCAAGUCCUUGAGGAGAAACUCCUUGAUACCCAAUCAGACUGCUUCCUGUCGACGGCUGAACGUUGGGGGAGCCUUGAUUUGAUCCUCUGUUCUCUGGUUAAAUAGCAGAAAGGGCAGAGGGAGCCUUUGCUUGAUGUUGUACAUGAAAACGAGCACUUUCACAGGUAACCUUAAAGAAGACCACGUUGACCUAGUCCCAGGUGUGGUCUUGAUUGUUGUUCACUAUGACGCACUACACGGGAUCAAACUAUAUACUUACAGAGCUGUCGGGUCCUGAUGCCUCUAAAAAGAUGAUGCGGUUAACGUGUAGUCUGACUGUGGCAUUAAGGAUUACUUAGACCGCCACAGCUGCCUGCUGAGACUCGAGCCCUCUACUGAAGGAACUUUUAAAAUAUGUCAUCCAAAUCUCUUCUGUACAAAGCCCUGCUUUAAAGAACAAAGUCCCAUCAGGUGGCCUUUAACUGUUUGACAAACCUGAUUGUAGUUUCCAGAGAACCAUCAUCCCUCCAGCCUUUUUCUUUGAUGGGUUCACUUUUCUGCAGGUCUGACUUUGCUUGGGUUGUUGUUUAAUUCCAGCUGUUCUUUUAUUGGUUAUCUUCACUGAACAGUUGAUGCUGUGAUCACAGAGGAGGCUGUGAAUACUGUAGGUCAACCAGAACAGCACAGGGUCAAAAGGCUGCUAUCUUGCUGCCACAUAAACCGGUGGUGACAAUUCAUUUUGUGAGCUUCUACCACUUCCUGCCCACCGUGGUAAGAUGGCUAUCGUCCUUGCUGCUCUGACUCAUGUUGUCUAAUCAUCGUACCCAAGAUUCUAUUAGGAGAGAACAUACUCUGAAGCAGGAGCUAACAGUGCUCUAAAGCUGUGUUCAGACUAAAAGCAAAUCAUAAUGCUGCGUUGCUGACUCACCCUUGUUUGACCGUGGGAUCAUUUUGGUGUUCUAUUACCAAAUGAGAUCAGUCAGAAAACCAUCUCCUCACCUGGACUCUCUCAGCUAGGUUGUCUCCUCACCUGGACUCUCUCAGCUGGGUUGUCUCCUCACCUGGACUCUCUCAGCUAGGUUGUCUCCUCACCUGGACUCUCUCAGCUGGGUUGUCUCGUAAGCACUGUGAUUGUCCCCCGUUCUUGCAGUUUGAAAGAGAGUCAGAUCCUCCUCUCAGUCGGUCCAUGUGAGGGCUGUGAUGUUGACGCCCAUGCAGAGCUGGUUUGGAGAACUUAGCAGACCAGGUUGGGUUUGUCUCAUCUCAGCACCUGGACUUUGAUGGUGUUUGAAAGCCUCCUCUGUGAUCUCAGCUGGUCCUGCACCAGGCCUGCAUACUGUCCCACAGUUCCUGUUUGUAUCACAGCGAACACAGCCGGCAAGCUAGUUUGUAGAUGUGAAGCCUUUGGUAGUGAAGGCCGUAGUUCAGUGCAGGGUCCCUGAAGCACUUGGAGCAAACUGUAGGAUGUGCACACUACAGAGGAGAGGUACUUAGAGGGCAUUUAUAUUUGGUGCAUUCACAUGUGGGUUGGCCUGUUAGCUUCAGUCUUUGCAUGCCAAUAUGUCCACCAAGAGAAGUGCUCGAAAACUGAUGGCAUUAUGAUCCUGGAAAAUGACUUCCUUUAUCUCUCAUUUUCUUUUGUUUCCAAUGUUACAUGUGGACGACGGAGCUCGUCCGGUCUAGGUUUGAGUCCAACGACUGUUCUUAGAAGGAUAGUGACUUUUUAUGAAAAGAAAACACUAAAAAAAAGUAGGAUGGCGGAAAGUGUGAGGUGUCAUUUGUCCUUCUUCAGUGGCCGUAAACAAAGUGUGCCUGAAAUCCUUCACGAGACUCUUCCACACGUCACCUCUUCCUCUGGACGGUCUGAUGACGAAGAGCUCGGUGAAGAAGCCUUCAUCGGUUCAGAUGGCUGAGGAUCCGUCGGGUCCAGAAACCAAACAACGUCUUCAUUAGCUUUUUAUUUUGAAUCCUGAGGAUGUUUUAUUUCAGGAACAACAUGAAUUGAUCUUUAUUUGUUUUGACCACGUGGUUUAAUUUGACUCCAACCUAAUGUGAAAACGUUGAUUUGGCCAAAUGAUGUUUUUUAUUUGUUUUAAAGUUUGUGUGAUGAAUUUGGCAGAUGUGAAGGCAAAUGAAUGUAUAUCUUUGUACAAACCAUUUAGUUCAGAGGACGUGUUAGCAAAGAGACUCAUGCAAGAAAAACAAACCUUUUAUAAACUUUUUGUAUUAGAACAUUAACAUGGUAAUUUUUGUAUAUACGAAGGCUAGGCUUUCUGAUUAGCAGAAAGGUAAAAACAUUCCUACAUUUUUUAAUGUCCAUUCAGAAGAAUUAUGGAAACAUGCGCAAUGUUUUAUGUGCCUUUUAUUUGGGUUUGUCUAAAUAAAAGAAAAUAAAACAUGACUGUGGACUGUC